AUGCGACCUUCGUCUUGCUGCAUAAUCCCGCUGCUGCUGCUGCUGCAGCUCGUCUGCCUGACCGCGUUCAAUCUCGAGCUCAACCACCCACCAUUGCAGUGCCUUGCCAGUGCUGCUUCAGUAUCCGACGACGACAGCACCCAGCAGCUGCAACUCGAGCAAACGAUCGCAGAAUGGCAAGACAAAGUCACACGUCUCCGCGUCGACCUCGCGCGCGCCGAGAUUGAGCAAGAGCACUUGCGAUUCAAGGAAGCAUACCUAGCCAUGACCAAUGCCCAAGCCCCCAAGCCAGCGGCAUCCGAGCAGCAGUUCCCACCGCUCGUCCUGCUCCCGCCAGAGCUGCCCGGAGCACACCCGGCGCCCGCCGUCGACCUGCUCGUUCUGAUCGCAACAGGCGGUGGUCCUGAGGCGGCUGCCGUGCGCGCUCAAGUUCGUCGCGCGGCGUGGUACCGCGCGGCGAGCACCGCAUCCUCGCAGCUCAAGGUCCGAUUCGUCGUCCUCCCGAGCGAGCUGGACAGUUAUCUAUCCGUCGAACCAGACGUGAUGGUUUUGUCCACUGAUGAACAUGACAGGUAUGGUACCAAGGAGCAGAGUCUGACGCAAGGCGAACACGAGCUGGUUGAGAUUGACCCGGGAUCACAGUCCUCUCCGCAGCCGCGGCGCAUUCUCCGUCACCGAGCGUCGCACUUGCUCUUGCGAGCAUACAAGUGGGCGACCGUGCGGUACCACCCCGCCUACAUUUUAAAAGUGGAAGAUUACGCGGCAGCACGACUCGUUCUGGACGAUUUGCUCGUCCGGAUUGCUGGCUGGACCCUGCCUGCGCAACGCGUCGUCAUGUCGACACAAUUCCACCAAGGUGCGACGAUUGUCAUGGACGUUGACGGUCUCGGCCGGGACCGAGCCGUACUUUGA